ACUUUGCCGAGCAAGUCUUGAGGGGGUUCGAGACUCGCCGCUUCAUGGAAAGUUGGAAAUACGAUGCGACAUUGACAUCUAGCGGCCACUGUGAAAACCAAGAUUGCGGUCCAUCAAGUCUGCAAAAAUGGUGAAUGUACCAAAGUUGCGGAAGACCUUCUGCAAAAAAUGCAAGAAGCAUAAGGCCCACAAAGUAACGCAGUAUAAGAAGUCGAAGGAACGUCAUGCUGCUCAGGGAAGAAGGCGUUACGACAGAAAACAGCAAGGGUUCGGUGGGCAGACAAAACCCAUCUUCAGGAAAAAGGCUAAGACAACCAAGAAGAUUGUGUUAAGGAUGGAAUGCUCAGACUGCAAAUUCAGAAAGCAGAUUCCGCUGAAGAGGUGCAAGCACUUUGAACUUGGAGGAGACAAGAAGAGAAAGGGUCAGAUGAUCCAGUUCUAAAAGCUGCUUCACAAGUGAUGUACCCUCGUUUUUCUUUUUCAACUUUGUCACCUUUGUUGUAUAGUUCGGACAUUUUUUCAAUAAAUUCAUCAAGCUGUACAAUAA